GCCGGGUCCUGGAUCUGCCCUCCUCCUAAAACACCGUCCAUCCACUUCUCGUCACAUCCACUUUGAACCAAGACCGGGGCGGCGCUAUUUUUCGUAGUGUAUACUUCCAUCACUAGCACUCGGUAAUCCUUCCGACGGCGCUUUUUUUUUCCUCAAUCCUUCAAGACCUUUCUUUCUCUUUGCUUAGUUCAGCCACUUGCGAGUUUUUCUUGAAAUCUUUCUUAUCGUCUUCAGCUCAUCCGGCAUUCUUUUUUUUUUUUUUUUAAUUGGCUUGUUUCUUUUUCCAGCGACGAUUUGGUUCCUUGUUACUUGAGCCUGCGCCUUGUCUCUUUUUCUCAACGACAUCAAAUACUCUUAGCGCAACACCGGCGAUGAUCACAAGGCAAAUCCUUUCGGAGCCAUGACGUCCUGCGCAUCACAAUACUUGGGAAGCAUGUUAAUAACUUCACCGCCAAUUUCAACUGCACUGUGCACAAUCGACAACUUUGCAGAUUUGCAAGUUCAUCGCGACUGUCGGCGCUUCAGCGGCGUGGCUGCAACCAACCCUAGGCCCAGGCGGCUUUGUCCCCCGGUGGGACCUUCAACUCAUCGUUCGCAGUGUGCAACAAACAAACGGCAUCUGUGACGCAGUACAGACGAGGCUUUCACCACCAAGUUGAAAUACAUCUCGUACCUUUACUAACAGCACGCGCCCGGUCAAGCAUAUUCCUUGUUCAGUCAGGCUUGGCAUCGUACCGGCGUGACCGCGGCCCCGGGCCGGUCCGGCUUUUCCGGAGCGGGAUCCGUCUCCACUCGGACGAGUCUCUGCCCCUUAUACUCCAAUAGGUCGUCAUGUCGUCCUCGUCCCACCAGCAAAAUGCCGUGCCCAUCGAUCAGCUUGGCCUCGCAGAAGAGGAUGCCCUUGCGCUACAUCAAGCCCAGGCACACAUCAACAGAGGCGGCGGUGCGGGCUCAUCUUCCUCGCGCGCGGCCAGCAGGGCCUCCUCGCAAGGCCUCCUCAUGAUGGACACAAGCUCCCUGCGACAGUUGGGCCAUCACUUUGACCGCGUCAUACGGGGAAUCCAGGAGCGCAUCCAGCACCUGACGGAACAGUGCGAUGCGGCUACUCGUGCCAUGUAUGACGAGGCGGGUAACCUGGUGGCAGACGCCGAUGCCGAAAUCGCACGGUAUCAUCGCAUCAUGGCAGAGCUGGAUGACCUGGAUCUCGAGUUCGACCGCAUCGAAAAUAUCCGCGAGAUUGUGAGAGGGUAUCGCCAAAGAGCCGCCGAUCUCGAGCGCGAACUAGCCAUGAGCAGCGGAUCGUCAACCUCACGUCGUCAUCAUCAAUCCAGCAGCAGCAGUCGUCACCAGCACCAUGGACACAAGCAUGGACAUUCUAGCUCAAGAUCUCGACACUGAAGAUCCGAUGCGCGAAUGUGCACUUGACUGUGUUGUUACGCCUUUCCGGAGGAAUGAUGUACAUUUCCUGCCCGGGGGGGGGGGGGGGGGGGGCUCACGGAUGGUUGCGCGGCAUGCCCUCGGUGUAUGGCACC